UGUCCCUGGGUCCCCAGCCUGGGGGCGAUGCCCGUUCCCUUGGGUGGUCUCAGGGGAGUCCCCCCAUGGUACCUCCCUGCCAGCUCCAUGGAGGCGGGGGUCAGAGCCCCGCUCCCGCCCCCACAGGGACGGCUGGAGGGGGACAGAGUGGAACACACUUCUCUGGCCCAGUCCCAGCCCAGUCCCCUCCCGGGCCGUUGGGAGAUGGAGGGGGGUGAGGGCCGACCGCUGCUGGGGCUGCGGAACACGGGCAGCGCUGGGCUCUCCUCUGCUGGCGCCGUCUUCAUCAUGCUCAAGUCUGCGCUGGGUGCCGGGCUGCUCAGCUUCCCCUGGGCGUUCAGCAAGGCUGGGGGUGCCGUGCCUGCCAUCCUGGUGGAGCUGGGCUCGCUGGUGUUCCUGGUGAGCGGGCUGGCGGUGCUGGGCUACGCGGCGGCGCUCAGCGCCCAGCCCACCUACCAAGGCGUGGUGCGGGCGGUGUGCGGCCCGGCGGCGGGGAGACUCUGCGAGCUCUGCUUCCUUCUCAACCUCUUCAUGAUCGCCGUGGCUCUGCUGCGGGUGGUGGGCGACCAGCUGGAGAAACUGUGCGACUCGCUGUACCCGCCCGGCGCGCUGAGCGACAGCUCCCCGUGGUUCGUGGAUCAGCGCUUCACCCUCCCGGCGCUCUGUGCCCUGGUCAUCUUCCCGCUGUCCGUGCCCAGGGAGAUCGGCUUCCAGAAGUACUCCAGCAUCCUGGGCACGCUGGCCGCCUGCUACCUCACGCUGGUCAUCGUCCUCAAGUACCACCUGCAGGGUGGGAGUCUGGGACUCCCGCAGGCCGCCCGGCCCCCCAGGGCCUCCUCCUGGGCCUCCAUGUUCAGCGUCAUCCCCACCAUCUGCUUUGGGUUCCAGUGCCACGAGGCCUGCGUGGCCAUCUACAGCAGCAUGCGCAACCAGAGCUUCUCCCACUGGGUGGCCAUCUCUGUGCUCUCCAUGCUCAUCUGCCUCCUCAUCUACUCCCUCACUGGGCUCUAUGGCUACCUGACCUUUGGUGAGGACGUGGCCCCCGACGUGUUGAUGUCCUACCCUGGGAACGACCCUCUUGUCAUCGUUGCCCGCCUGCUCUUUGGUGUCUCCAUUGUCACCAUCUACCCCAUUGUGGUUCUGCUGGGACGGUCAGUAGUGCAGGACCUGUGGGCACACCCCAAGCUCAGGGCUACACUUAUGUCUGAGAGGCACGAGCGACAGAGCCGGGUGGCGUUGACCAUCUCAUGGAUGGCCGCCACACUCACCAUUGCCUUGUUUGUCCCUGACAUCGGCAAGGUCAUCGAGCUCAUCGGUGGCAUCAGUGCUUUCUUCAUCUUCAUCUUCCCAGGCAGGCACAGGGAGGGGGAGGGAUGGGAUGCUGCAAGGCCCUUUUGGUCUUGCUGCUGGGGGCUCUGUACCCACAAGGUUGGAGCUGAGCACCUGUGCUGGUGGCAGGGCUGUGCCUGGUGUGCAAGCGGGAGCUGUUUCCCACAUCCCCCCUCGUGUCUCCGCAGGGCUGUGCUCAUCACCUGGGGUGUCGUCUCUGUGCUGGGGGGCACCUUCGUGUGCGGGCAGAGCGCUGCCCUGGCUGUGAUGGGGCUGCUGCAUUGA